UCUGGCGGACAGGCUUUGCGAUCGGACGUCGACUUCUCUACUUAAGCACUCUCAUCCACGUUAGGAUCGGGAUUCCAGACGACUAUUCAGAUUGAAAAAUGUCGGGUGCAGCAGCUUCAGCCGUUCCUUCCAAGUUCUCUGCGUUCGUAAACCACCCCGCUGGCCCCAAAACGGUGUUUUUUUGGGCACCACUGAUGAAGUGGUGUUUGGUUGCGGCUGGCUUGAAGGACAUGAGUCGUCCUGCGGAGAAAUUGAGCGUGUCCCAGAACUUUGCGUUGGCAUGUACCGGUUUUAUCUGGGUUAGGUACUCUCUCGUUAUCACGCCAAUCAACUACAGCCUUGCUGCAGUGAAUUUCUUUGUCGGUUCUACUGGUUUGGUGCAGCUGGGUCGCAUAGCAAACUACCGAUACAAGAGUUCGCCCCAGGUAGCAGGGCCGGUCAAGUCCUAGAUAAAUACCCGUACUGUUAUGAUCGAAGAAUAUGUAUACAU